GGGGCAUAAAGCUGCCGGCCAAGCGUGGUACUGGCGGUACCGCUCCGCCUCGCACAGACAGGAGGUAGCGGCGGCGGCACGGAAAGCCCGGCAGGAGGAGUACUGGACGGGGAACCGGCUCCUUGGAAAGCCCGGCGUGCGGCGAGGAGGCGGGCGGAGGGAGUCGCUGGACGCGGACGGGAGGGCGGCUGCCCGCAAAGCCCGGCGUGCGGAUCGCGAGCUUGGCCCUAAGAUGGCUGUUGUGCGCGGGGCGCCGUUGCUGUAACGCCGCGAGAAGACGCCCGCCGCGCCCCGUCGCCUUACCCGCCAUGGAGUGCCCGCACCUCAGCUCCAGCGUCUGUAUCGCGCCCGACUCGGCUAAGUUCCCUCAGGGCUCGCCCUCCUCCUGGUGCUGCAGCGUGUGCCGGUCAAAUAAAAGCCCAUGGGUCUGUCUGACGUGCUCAAGUGUACAUUGUGGACGGUAUGUGAAUGGCCAUGCAAAAAAGCAUUAUGAAGAUGCACAGAUUCCUAUCACCAAUCAUAAGAAAACAGAAAAACAAGAGAAAGUUCAGCAUACUGUGUGUAUGGAUUGCAGUAGUUACAGUACAUACUGUUAUCGCUGUGAUGAUUUUGUAGUCAAUGACACCAAGCUGGGCCUCGUACAGAAGGUCAGAGAGCACCUACAGAACUUGGAAAAUUCAGCCUUUAGAUCAGACAGACAUAGGAAAAGAAAACUAUUGGAAAAUUCAUCUCUGAACAGCAAGUUAUUAAAAGUAAAUGGAAGCACCACUGCCCUUUGUGCCACAGGCCUUCGGAAUCUGGGCAAUACGUGUUUCAUGAACGCAAUCCUUCAGUCGCUCAGUAACAUACAGCAGUUUUGCUGUUACUUCAAAGAGUUGCCUGCUGUGGAGCUGAGGAAUGGGAAGACAGCAGGCAGGCGAACUUACCAUACCAGGAGCCAGGGUGAUAACAACGUGUCACUGGUGGAAGAGUUCAGAAAGACACUCUGUGCUUUAUGGCAAGGGAGCCAAACUGCGUUUAGUCCAGAGUCUUUAUUUUACGUUGUUUGGAAAAUCAUGCCAAAUUUUAGGGGGUAUCAACAACAGGAUGCCCAUGAGUUCAUGCGUUACCUUUUGGACCAUCUACAUCUGGAACUCCAGGGUGGCUUCAAUGGUGUCUCACGUUCAGUAAUUUUGCAAGAAAAUUCUAGCCUGUCUGCAAGCAACAAAUGCUGCAUAAAUGGAGCAUCUACUGUUGUCACAGCCAUUUUUGGAGGCAUUCUGCAAAAUGAAGUCAACUGCCUAAUAUGUGGGACUGAAUCCAGGAAGUUUGACCCAUUCCUAGACCUGUCACUAGAUAUUCCAAGUCAGUUCAGAAAUAAACGUACCAAAACCCAAGAAAGUGGACCAAUGUGCACACUGAGAGAUUGUCUUCGCAGUUUUACAGACCUGGAAGAGCUUGAUGAGACAGAGUUAUAUAUGUGCCACAAAUGCAAGAAGAAACAGAAGUCCACCAAAAAAUUCUGGAUUCAGAAACUACCAAAGGUGCUAUGCUUACACUUGAAACGAUUUCACUGGACAGCAUAUCUGAGAAACAAGGUGGAUACAUAUGUUGAGUUUCCCUUACGAGGCUUAGACAUGAAAUGCUACUUGUUAGAGCCUGAAAACAGUGGCCCAGAAAGCUGCCUGUAUGACCUCGCUGCUGUUGUUGUGCAUCAUGGCUCAGGCGUGGGCUCCGGACAUUACACCGCAUAUGCCGCUCACGAGGGCCGAUGGUUCCACUUCAACGACAGUACUGUAACUCUGACUGAUGAGGAGACUGUGGUAAAGGCCAAGGCCUACAUCCUCUUCUAUGUGGAACGGCAAGCCAAAUCUGGAUCAGACAAACUUUAAUACCUCCUUUUUAAUUCUUACUUAUCAAGUCCAUCGGACAAAACAUUUCCAUUUCUCCAUAAAUACUUGAUCCAAGACUAUUAAUUUCAUUGUGCACUUUUCAAUUUCCUCUUGUGGGUUUUAGUUUUGUUGUGUCAAUGGUAGCGUCUGACUUACUGAACUUGGACACAAACUAACUUUUUUAGUUAUAACAGAAAAACCUCAGCAGAUUCUGAUUUGCUGCUUUAGUUGUGGUAACUCAAUUUUUUUAUAUAUAUAGAUUCAUGAAAUAGUUAUUUGACUUUUUUUUAUAUUGUUUUCAGUUCUCACUUUCUAAAGGCACAUUUACAUCAGAGAAGCUUUCUGUCCUCUUUACAAGCAAGAUAAAUGUGCUUCUGAUUUUGAAGAGCAAUACAACUUGAUGCUGUUCUUGCAGCUCUUGCAUAGAUAGGAUUUUAAUCUGUUUAAAUCAAAGAACUGUUUGCACGUACUAUUUUCCCUCGUGCAAGAACAGUGACUUCUGAACAAUCGUUGUGUGCAGAAGAGAGGAGAGGUGGCAUCAUUAAGUAGACCAGGUAAUUGCUGCUAUAUUGGUGUGUAUUCAGGCUGCUGACUUUCAGGAAUCAUUGUAAAUAAAGAGUUGCUUCAAUUGUAUCAAUCCUGCAGUUUAAUUCAAAUAUUUCUCAUGUAUGCUCUGCCCCUCCUCCUUUUUAAUUAUUUUAAAAAUAACCUUAAAAUACAGAACUAUAUAAAUUA